UUGUAGUGGACCCUUGACGGUGCUACACAAUACUUUAUCCAUAUGCACACACGGAAAACUUGUCUUUCGUUCACUUGCUGUGUUUUCUAUGCUCGUCGUCGCUAACAACAAUGCAGUCGUGAACCUGCUUUCCAUAAUAGAUCUAAACAAAAUACCAUUAUUUGCACACAGUGGAUGGACAAUGGAUUCAAUGGCGAUACAGAAGCAUGAGCUUCCUCCGACCAACCAGAAACGCAUGGUGGCGUUCAUAAACCAUUUUGUUGUUAGUACCGCCACAUUCCUCAAUCAAUUUGCUUCUGAUUGUGAGAAUCGUUUGAUUCUCAUUGACCACAAAUUGCAAAACAUGGAAGCUUCCUUAAUGAUCUUGGAGGCGAAAUUGGCAUCCAUCGAUGUUCUGCAGAAUGCUAACAAUAACGGUACCACAGCGCAUUUACAGCCCACUACUUCCGAUCCUUCAUCCUCCGACACUGUUCUAGCUACGGAGGAAACACAACCAGCGACCAAUGCAAAGGCAGAUCCACAAUAUGAUCACUACUUUAAAAUGCUUCAUCUCGGCGUACCCUUGGGUGCAGUAAAGAACAAAAUAACUGCGGAAGGCCUGAACCCAAAUUAUAUUGACCAGUUUUUAUAAUAAAUGUGUUUCUGCCGGUUAAUCUGUUCACGAUUUCGGCAGCUGA